GCACAAAAUACACUCAUAGAGAUAAUUACUUACAGGGUUUUGGCUAUGGCUUCGUUUUGUUCUAGCUUUAUGAUUAGUUUUACCCUUUUGGUCCUCAUGUUGGGGAGUGCCAAUGCAACACUUUCCACAAACUUCUAUUCCAUCUCUUGCCCAAAACUCUUUGAGACUGUGAAAUGCACAGUGGAAUCCGCCAUAUCAAAGGAGGCACGAAUGGGUGCUUCUCUCCUUCGUUUGUUCUUCCACGAUUGCUUUGUUAAUGGGUGUGAUGGUUCAGUUCUACUUGAUGACACAUCAAGCUUCACUGGAGAAAAGAAUGCAGGUCCCAACAAGAACUCUGCUCGUGGAUUUGAAGUGAUUGACAAAAUUAAGUUGGCGGUGGAGAAAGUGUGCCCAGGUGUCGUUUCCUGUGCUGACAUCCUUGCCAUCACUGCCAGAGACUCCGUCGCCAUCCUUGGAGGGCCAACAUGGGACGUGAAGCUUGGAAGAAGAGACUCCAGGACAGCUAGCCAAUCAGCUGCCAACAACGGCAUCCCAGCACCCUCUUCAAACCUCAAUCAACUCAUCUCAAAAUUCAGUGCUCUUGGACUUUCCACCACAGACUUGGUCGCAUUGUCCGGGGGUCACACAAUUGGACAGGCAAGGUGCACAAACUUCAGAGGCCGAAUCUACAACGAGAGCAACAUAGAUAGCACCUUUGCUCGCAUGAGACAAUCUAGGUGCCCAAAAGCCUCAGGUUCAGGUGACAACAACCUGGCACCCCUUGACCUCGCCACUCCAACAUUCUUUGACAACCACUACUUCAAGAACCUCAUUGAGAAGAAGGGCCUCAUUCACUCUGACCAACAACUCUUCAAUGGUGGCUCCACUGACUCCAUAGUGCGUGGCUAUAGCUCCAACCCAAGUUCCUUUUUCUCUGAUUUUGCCACCGCCAUGAUCAAGAUGGGAGACAUCUCUCCCCUCACUGGCUCAAAGGGAGAGAUAAGAAAGAAUUGCAGAAGGGUGAACUAA